GUCCAAAAGGUGUCAUCAAUGACUGGCGAAGGUUCAAGUUGGACAGCGUGGAUCAGACCGUCCCUCAAAAAAAGAGAGAGCUGCUGAGACAAAUGUCCAACCCUCGAGAGGACGACAAGGACAGGUCCAACAGAAAGAUGAGCGCCCAGGAGUAUGAGCUGAUCCAAAACGAGGACGAGCGUGGCCUGAAACGCUACAGGAAGCAGUGCAUGCAGGAAAUGCACGAGCGCCUGAGCUUCGGGCCGAAGUUCGAAUGCGUCCACGAGCUGGAGAGCGGCGAGGCCUUCCUGGAAGUGAUAGAGAAGGAGCAUCGGUUGACCCUGGUGGUGGUCCAUAUCUACCAGAACACCGUCAAAA